ACAGUGAAGGAAAAGAAGGAUCUUCUGGAAGCAAGGUGUUGUUAUAUACUUUUUUCAUUGCCAUGUUAUUAAAACGAAUUGUAUAGAUCUUGAACGAACAAGGCGAAAAUAGCUGUGCUACUGAGCAAAAAUUUUGUUGGGCGCCCAUUUGAAAACUUCCACCCUCUUCUAUGCCUAAAGGAUCAAGUAUUCCAUCGGCUUCUCUGAAACAUUGGCCAGAAGUGAAGGCAUUUUUAGUAGAAUGCGGUCUCUCUCAGUACUAUGACACCUUUGUCAAUGAGGGCUUUGACCGAGUGACCACGAUAUUGGAUAUCACGGAGAAUGAUUUGAUAGAAAUGAAUAUCAAACGAGGGCAUCGGCGGCUACUACAAAGACAUGUAGCCACCUGUAAAGGCCUUCCAACCUCACAACCAUUGUACCACUUGCAUCAAUACCAUGAAGAGUAUUCUGAUAACCUUGCACCACCACCACAACACUCCCCUCUCUCGUCAUGUUCAUCGCCGCGACACCGACCGCAGUUUGCCGAUAUUUUAAAUCGUAAUGCAGCGUCAUCCACCGAAGAAGAAGAUGAUUAUACGACGACUGUUCGUCAUGAUGCUAUCAUCAAUGAAGAUGCAAGUAGUAGUAGCGGCAAACGACAGUACCGAAGACACCCAAAAGCCGAUUUAAAUGCGCCGAUUAAGCCUGCUUCAGGCUACGUUAUGUUUGCUAACGCCCUUCGAGACAACAUCAAAGAAAAAAAAUUAUCGUUUGCCGACAUAGCCAAAGUGGUGGGUGAACGAUGGAAGCAAAUCACUGCGGAUGAAAAGUUUUAUUGGGAAGAUACCGCUGCUAAAGCGAAGCAAGAGUACUUGAAGCAAGUUGCUGAAUACAAGAAGACCGAUAGUUACAAUCACUAUCAAGAAUAUCUUCGACAAUUUGAACAGCAAGGAUCAGAUCGAGCAUUAGGUCGUCCGCGGCUGAGACGAGGAAUGCGAGAUUCAAGAGCCCACAGCCCUUCCCUUGGGAAUUUGGGUAGCAGCAGCGGCACCGAGAGUCUUUUCACGCAACCACAACCGUCCACCAUCCCACCACCGGCGGCCGAAGCGCCACGGACCUGGGAAAGCUUGACACGAUCUAGCAGCGGCGAAAGUAUCUCUCAACCCUAUCGAACGUUAUCGGUGAUGCAUCGCCAAUCUUCUAUUCGAGGCCAUGAUGAGCGGCCUAAAACCAAUCGUGAAACUAGUCAACAGAGUUCCACAAGCAAUGCGUCUACGGAAAGCACGGAGAGCAUGUCGGUUCCAUCCUUGGAGCGAGAAGCCAACCGCUACUGACUGGAAAUCGUGAUGUCCGAUCACUUUUAAUUCAUUUAUCCCCUCAUAAGCUUAAAACCCUUCCCCAAUA